CUGUAACAUCAGCUCAGCAUGCUAAAACUCCUGAGCUAGUGACAUCACAGAGGCCCCUGUAUUGACAUCACACCACUCUCUACAGCUGUUGAGCUGCCUCAGACACUUGAAAGAAACCUGAACCUUGAAAUGUACACAGCAAAUUAGAGAUCCUCAGCCAAGAGCUCACAGAAGCCUGUCCCCUGAUGGCAGACCAACAAGCUACAGGUCCCAGACAAAGGAUCAUUUCCCAAGAACCUGUGCUUACGUGCCACGUGUGUUACCUGAAAUCACACUCAUCGUAAAAUGAUGUUCACUGAGCUAUGCUGAUAGACAACUUCACAGAGCUGUCUGCCUCCAGAUGAGGUGUUGAACGACCAGUCUUCCUCCCCUCCCUGCUCACCAGAACAGUCUCCAUUUGAUGGUGGAGUGCAGUAGAUGUUUUGCCAGGCUACUUGAAGACAGAAAAUGCGGUGUGAAGCAAUUUGCCUCCUAUAGAAAGUGCUAGAGGGGAACAUAAAAUGCUAACCACACCCAACCCAUCAAACAACAUUGGUGAAGAUGUCCGGGAAGCCGGGCGGCUUUUUGCUGGAGGCUUCUCACCAGAUCGCGGCCGGCGGCUCAGCGGGUCUUGUAGAAAUUUGCCUCAUGCACCCUCUUGAUGUAGUGAAAACCAGGUUCCAAAUUCAAAGAGGGAAAACUGAUCCAACCAGUUACAAGAGCUUGGGGGACAGUUUUAGGACUAUUUUCCGGACUGAAGGAUUGUUUGGUUUCUACAAAGGCAUACUCCCUCCUAUCAUGGCCGAAACACCCAAAAGGGCAGUGAAGUUUUUCACCUUUGAACAAUACAAGAAAUUACUAGGACAUGCUUCACUGUCACCAGGAUUGACGUUUGCAGUUGCUGGUCUGGGAUCUGGAUUAACAGAAGCGGUUGUGGUUAACCCUUUUGAAGUAGUAAAGGUUAGCUUACAGGCAAAUCGGAAUGCUUUCACAGAGCAACCAUCAACCUUUGUCCAAGCACGGCGAAUUAUUACAACUGAGGGCUUAGGAUUCCGUGGACUCAACAAAGGCCUCACUGCAACACUGGGCCGCCAUGGAGUUUUUAAUAUGGUUUACUUUGGAUUCUACUUCAACGUCAAAAACAUUAUUCCAGUCAAUGAGGAGCCAACUUUGGAGUUCUUGAGAAAAUUUGGAAUUGGGCUAGUCUCAGGGACGAUAGCCUCAAUUAUUAAUAUCCCUUUUGAUGUUGCAAAAAGUAGGAUUCAAGGGCCACAGCCAGAGCCUGGAGAGAUCAAGUAUAGAACCUGUUUUAAAACUAUGGCAACAGUCUAUAAAGAAGAAGGGUUUCUGGCUUUGUACAAAGGGUUGGUUCCCAAAAUCAUGAGACUUGGCCCAGGUGGUGCAGUGAUGCUUUUGGUUUAUGAAUAUGCUUAUACAUGGCUUCAGGAGAACUGGUGAUCAGAAGUACUGCUUCUAAAACAAUGUACUAUUUGAAAUGAUGUACCUGAUAAAUGUAACAUGUUAUGAUAUAAAGAACAUACGUAAAGCAAAAUAUAAGAAGCGCUCAUGCUACAGUUCUCUUUGAUAUGAAUGAGAGUUGAAGGCACUCGUCAGUUUGCAGGAUUGGGCCCUGUGGCCCUGAUCCAGCAGCGCAUUUUGGCACAGGCUUAGCUUUAAGCACUGAUGUGCUCCUUUGCUUUGCUGGAUCAGGGCCCUAGUGAUCAAGAAAAAAUGGUAACACGGGAACAAGUUAAUUUCUCAAGAACAAACUAAAUGUAAUGGACAGGAAAUUAUGUCAUUUAGUAAAUGCAUCAAUUUUUUAACUAGUGAUUGUUAAAAUGUCAGGUUAAGUUUCUUGAUAGGUGAACUCAGCAGGAGAAGAGCAUUAAUCAUGUGGGGCCAAAUCCUGGGCUGGUAUAAAUUGUCAUGGCACCACUGACUUUCAAGUUGAGGACCUGGCCCAUGCUUUGCAAAUGUGAAGUAAAUCCUGGGUCUGUUCAUACGGUUCUAACACAGUAUGGGAGUGAUGCUGGGAAAAGGAUGGCUGGAUUGCCCCCAAACCUCAACUAAUACCUACUGCCAAACAGUCUGCAUAGUCUCACUUAUACAUUGAAUAUUAUCCUUAUUUCAAACAUGUCAUAGAAAGAUGAUGAGCAUAAUUCAAUUUACCUAAAUUCUGUCCUCACAUAAAAGUGUACAACAACCAUAGAAGUCAGUGAAGCAGACAAUAAAUAAACAAACAGGCAAAUUUAAUUUAUUUUGGACGUAUAAGGCCAAAUUUGUGAACCCACAUUGUGAGCAGUUAUUCACAUGAGUAGUCCCGUUGACUCCUGCCCAACAGUAAUCAUCUGAAAAUGACACAAAAAUGGUCAGAGGUGAGAUCCUAGCCCCACUGAAGUCAUGCAAAAUUCCCAUUGCUUUCAAUGGGGUCAACAUUUCACCCUGUGUGUUUUUAUUUCCAGAUUUAAAAACCCAAAUAAAAAGAUACAAGUGAAAAAUGUAUGAACACCCUUUUAUUGGCUAUGAAUGUGAGAAUAAAAAAUAUAUCAGUCAGCCUAUAUAA